AUGUGUGUAGCAGCUCUUUCGAGCUCAUGGAUAGGAUUAGGAGCUGGUAUGUUCGUGCACUUCAUAUUUGAUACUGUUAAUGGUGGUCAAUACAGUCGUGUCUGGGCGGCCUUACUCCUCUAUCCUUAUACAUUCAUAUCGGCUCUUGGCAUGCCCCCAGCCAAGUGUAAGCUUGGUGACUUCACCCUUGCCAACCUCACUACUGCUUUCGCUUAUAUACCUGUUGGCUUCUAUGCCGUCGAUGCUUACACCGAGACUUGGAUAGCUGGUGUCAACUUCACCUUCGCUGCCAUAGUGCCGAUAUUCGUCGUACUCGUGUUCAAAGCGCUGGGUUUGGUACCACCAGCAGAGCUCCCUAUUACUCAGCGGCUUCCCUUCGCAGCUGCUGACUUCUUCGACCUAUUGGUUGGGUACUUCAUAUCUGCUCAGGAUCAUCAGAACGCUGUUCGAGCAGGAGAGGACGAUUUUAAUGAAGUCGCUCACUCUGCAACUGGACAAAAGAUACCACCGCGAUUGAGCGCUAUAUUCUGGAACUUGGCUGGUGAGCUGUUUUCUCUCAAGGACUGUCUCCUUAGCCUGGAUCCCCAGCCUGGCGUUGUCGCUUAUGUGUGGAAGCCUCUAGCUGCCGACUUCGCUCUACUGCGGUCGGAGGUCGGUAUUGUUCUGCGUAAGACGGCGAGAGGAGUGCCCGAGGAAGCUGACCGGAACCUCCCUGGGAUGAUAGCCCAAUGUGAGGAGCUCACGGUCGAUCUCAUAUCUGAUAUCAACGCGAAGGCUGCUAAGGGCUCAAUAGCACCACCCACCUCAGCAGCAGUCGUACAUUUUUAUUCCUCUGUCGGGUCCAUCCUUUACAUCGCUGGUCUAGCCGAGAGGUAUAGGCUGGCUGCUGUGAUGCAGAAGGAAGAGGAUGAGAAGUUAAAACAGGAGAAGAGAGAUAAUUUACUGAGUCGUCAUGGCUUGCUGCUGGCUCUACCAUUGUCAAUAUGGAAGGGUAUUGUAACUUGGGUUAAAAAGCCCUUCUUUUACGAUAUCAAACAGAAGUCGGAUAUAUGGCGGCGUUUUAUCUUCCCUUUGAGGUUCAGCCUUACGUUAUUCGCUAUAGCCAUCUCGAUGAUAAUAUGGGGUAUGUACAGCGAGACCGUCCGUCUACACGGUUUUUGGGCCGUCAUACCAGUUUAUGUCAGCUUCCUGCCAACGGCUGGUGCUACUCUUAUCAAAGGCACACGGAGGAUAUGCGGUACCAUUUUGGGAGGUAUAGCGGCUGUAAUAUGCAUCUUGGCUAAUCCGGGCAAUAAAGCUGCCUUCUUCUGCGAGAUGAUAUUAGUGGUAUUCGUUGGUCGACUGGCUCAGUGCGACAGGCGUAUCGGUUACGCUGGUUAUGUUUUCUCUCUAACAUGGUUCAUGGUAGGUUUGAGCUCACUUCUUACCCCCGAGACGAAGGAGGAAAUGCUGUACAACGCACUGUGGCGAUUUGUUUUCACAACUGGUGGAGUUGUCAUAACCUCCUUCUCGAGUUGCUUUAUAUUCCCGGAGUUCGCGGCCUCUAAGCUUGAUAGAGCAUCAGCACGAAUGCUUGAGAAAGUCGCUGAUAAGGUGCUCAAUGCUCUCGAUACCUUCCAUCAUCGGCUAAAGGCACUUUCUGAGGAUAGUGAAUGUUCUAGUGAUGAUGGACCGACAACUAGUAUUAUGCAAGAUGACCGUGAAACGUUUGGUGUUGAAGGAUUCCAGUCGAUGGCUGAGCGGGCAACCCUUGUGACUGAUGCUAAGAUGGAGGCGAUCGUGUUUGGCAAGAUAUUACUCGUCCGGGAUGUGACAAAGAAAGUAUUAGAUAACCAGCUGUUAGCGAACCAAGUCUUAAGAGAUGGUCUGGUCCUUUAUAGCUCCUUGAUAGUGUCAGUAGAGCACCUGCGGGAUCCAUUAGCCUCUCGAACCCUCGCCCCCCUACUAGGUAGUAUUCGAGAACUGUCAAAGGCUAUCAAGACCUCGUCGGACAAGAUUGUGAGUUGCCUUUAUGAUAGCGGUGCUACACCGGGAAUGCUUGAACACCUUCCUGAUGAUGUUCAUGUUAAACUCCAAGAAUGUGAUGAUAAUUUCGGAGCCUUCCGUCGUGAAUGGGUCGAAGAUAUCAUGACAGGUGGUGAGAAGCUACAGGGUAUGCAUGGUGCUAAUGUAGUCCGCUUCUCUCACACUGUCCUUGCUCUGGCUAUGUUUGCCCAACGAUGGAAUACACUGGAAGGCCAUUUACACGACCGUAGUGCACCCAUUGAGCUCGUCGAAGCUCAGCAGCAGCAACAACAGCAGCAUGCUGGACCAAGUCGCAGGAUCUCCAAAGCUCUAGUAUAG